AUGGAUUAUUCCUACGACGACGAUCUGGACGAGUUGUGCCCGGUCUGCGGCGACAAGGUGUCCGGGUACCAUUACGGAUUGCUCACCUGCGAGAGUUGCAAGGGCUUCUUCAAGCGAACGGUGCAGAACAACAAACAUUACACGUGUACCGAGAGCCAGAAUUGCAAGAUCGACAAGACGCAGCGCAAGCGGUGUCCCUAUUGCCGGUUCCAGAAGUGCCUCGUUGUGGGGAUGAAACUCGAAGCCGUGCGCGCCGACCGCAUGCGGGGCGGCCGGAACAAGUUCGGGCCCAUGUACAAGCGGGACCGCGCCAUGAAGCAGCAGAAGAAGGCCCUGAUCCGCGCCAACAGUUUCAAAGUGGAGACGCCGGCCCCGCCGCCCAUCGUAUCCUCGGUUCAGGCGGCCGUGGAGUAUGGCUUGAGCCAUCACCCCCACCCUGGGGUGCCGAAGGCGAUGCCCUUGCCCAGCAAUGGCUCCAGUGGUGGCAGCAGUGGGAUAGGCAGCUUGGCCGCCAUGACGCCUGUCGACUACGAGCGCAGCUCCUACGGGACGCCCACGCUGGCCGUGCCCACGGUGCCCUUGGGGUACCACUACCCACCCUUCGCCAGCCGGGCCAUCAAGUCCGAAUUCCCGGACCCGUACGCGGCGCAUCCAAGCGAGGCGGCCCCGGCAGCGUACCCGUACCCGGAGGUCUACCCCAGUGGUGGCGGCGGCUCCCCAGCAACGGGGACCGACAUGCCGGAUGUGAUCCUGAAGCUGCUGCAGCAGGAGCCCGACGAGGCACAAGUCAAGGGCCGCAUCCUGUCCUGCCUGCAAGAGGAGCAGAGCAAGGGCCGCCACGACAAGCUCAGCACCUUUGGCCUCAUGUGCAAGAUGGCGGAUCAGACCCUCUUUGCCAUUGUGGAGUGGGCGCGUGGCUGCAUCUUCUUCAAAGAGCUGGAGGUGGGCGACCAGAUGAAGCUUCUGCAGAACUGCUGGAGCGAGCUGCUGGUCUUUGACCACAUUUUCCGCCAGGUGCAUUAUGGGAAGGACCGCAACAUCCUGCUGGUGACCGGCCAGGAGGUGGACAUGUCGACCGUUGCCUUGCAGGCGGGAUCCAUCCUGAACAGCUUGGUGCUGAGGGCCCAUGAGCUGGUGCUCCGAUUGCAUUCCCUCCAGGUGGACAGGCAGGAGUUUGUCUGCUUGAAGUUCCUCAUCCUCUUCAGCCUUGAUGUGAAAUUUGUGGAGAAUUCCAGCGUGGUGAAGGAAGCGCAGGAGAAGGUGAAUGCCGCUCUGCUGCAAUAUACCCUCUGCAACUACCCCCACGCCACCGACAAGUUCCGCCAGCUUCUGACGCACCUGGCCGACAUCCGAUCCCUGAGCAUGCAAGCGGAGGAAUAUCUCUACCACAAGCACCUGAGCGGCGACGUCCCCUGCAACAACCUCUUGAUUGAAAUGCUGCACGCUAAGCGGACUUGA